UUUCUGCUUGGCUUGUGUUGCGGUGUUCACUGCUCGGUUGGAAUUGGAAUUGAAUAAAUUAGUAUAAAAAGGGAUGAAAUGGACGGUUAUGUUUCGGUUUUAGUGUUACUAGUGAACUUUUCAAUAUCGUUAAUGCCAAAUAUAAUUGAAGUUUCAUAUAAAGUUUGAUCAUUUUACAUUAACCACUGUUCUGUUACUUAUAAAUAUGGGAGAUAAAGCACUAAUGAAGCAAAUUGCAGAGCAGAAGCUCAAAGCGUUUUCAGUCGGAACUAUGGGGAAACGCAGCAUGUCAAAGAAGGAAAUGGAGGAGCAAAGGAAAAAAGAGCAAGAAGAAGCGGCUGCUCAGGCAUUUGAAGAAUUUGUUGCAACGUUUCAAGAAGCUCCUAGUAAAACAUCUAAAGUGUGGGUAAAAGCUGGAACGUACGAUGCUGGAAAAAGGCAGGAGGAUACUAAAGAAAAAGGGAAACUCUAUAAGCCGCAAUCCCGUUUAUCAGAAUCAAUUGAAAAAAUGACUUCGGCAGAAAGAGCUCAAGAGUAUGCAAGAUUGUUGAGUGAUCGUAAACCUGAUAGACCGGGAAAGCGGAAAGAACGUGAGAAAAAGAAGAGUAAUUUAGAGUUGUUUAAAGAAGAAUUAAAGCUAAUCCAAGAAGAGCGAGAAGAACGACACAAAUACAAAGGCGUUAUAAAGCAGAUGGAUGAUCCGGAAAGUGGUGUCAUCAUUGACGAAUCCAAAAUUGGUUCAUUUGACUGUGGUGAUCCCACUACCACUAAUUUAUAUUUGGGAAACCUUCAUCCAAAGAUAACAGAACAGCAAUUGAUGGAAGUGUUUGGCAAGUAUGGUCCGUUAGCCAGCAUCAAGAUUAUGUGGCCUAGGUCAGACGAAGAGAAGGCAAGGGCUCGGAACUGUGGAUUUGUGGCCUUUAUGAACCGCAAGGAUGGAGAACGCGCGCUGCGAUAUCUCAAUGGCAAGGAUGUGAUGGGCUAUGAGAUGAAGUUGGGUUGGGGCAAAGGAGUGCCGAUCCCGCCACACCCGAUCUAUAUCCCGCCGGCCAUGUUGGAGUUGACAAUGCCCCCUCCACCUUCGGGUCUGCCGUUCAAUGCCCAGCCACUGCCCAGAGAUAGACAUAAGGUACCACGCAUGCGUUCCGAUGGCCCUUACCCAGUAGACCCUGAUGACAUGGAGAAGAUGGAGAAGAUUUUACCCCAGGCUCUCGUCAAAGUGGUUAUCCCGACAGAAAGGAAUCUGCUAAUGUUGAUCCACCACACCAUCGAGUUUGUCAUACGAGAGGGACCCAUGUUCGAGGCUAUGAUAAUGAACCGUGAACUCAACAACCCUAUGUUCAGGUUCUUGUUUGAAAACCAAAGCCCAGCUCACAUAUAUUACCGCUGGAAACUCUAUUCGAUGCUACAAGGAGAUAUCCAGAACAAAUGGAGGACAUCAGAGUUUAGAAUGUUCAAAGGAGGGUCUAUAUGGCGACCACCUCCUAUGAACCCGUACACGCAGGGGAUGCCCGAGGAACUGGUGGAGCCUGAGGUGGAACCACGCAAGGGCAGUCUGUCACCUACUCAGCGCGACCGGCUGGAGGACCUCAUUCGUAACAUGACCCCAGAGCGUCUCAAAGUGGCAGAGGUCAUGGUAUUCUGCAUGGAACACAGCGAGGCAGCUGAGGAGAUCUGUGAUUGUAUACUGGAGUCCUUGUCUAACCCUUCUACAGCUCUCUACAAAAAGAUCGCAAGGUUAUACCUGAUAUCCGACAUUCUGCACAACUGUGGAGUCAAAAUUACAAAUGCUUCCUACUAUAGAAGAGGGUUGGAAGCUAGGCUGAUACCAAUCUUCACCGAAAUUCACCAAACUUACAAAAGCAUAGAGAGUAGAAUGAAAGCGGAAGGGUUCAGGAUGCGAGUAAUGAAGAUAUUCCAAGCUUGGGAAGACUGGGCAGUUUAUUCAAAGGAUUUCCUCAUCAGAAUCCAGAAUGCUUUCCUUGGGUUAACUAGCGAUGCUGUGGAGGAGGCAGGAUCAGAGAGUGAGGAAGAGCAGGGAUUGGGGGAGGUUGAGCAGGAAGUGGAAGAUCCUGAGGAUAAUGAAGACUUGGACGGAGUGCCGCUGGACGGUGCAGCUCUCCUCAAGGGAGCAUUGAACCACCAAGCUCACGACGACAUUGACGGAGUUCCCAUGGUGGAGGAGGACAUUGAUGGCAUGCCAAUGGAUGCUGGAAGUGAGGGAGAGGGCAAGUCGGGGCAAGGACGAGGAGAAACUCGCACAGCUGGUCCUGGCUUCGUCAUGUCUCGCUGGGAGACGGUGGAUCCAGACCUCGUGGAGGCCCAGGCCAUGACCACCAGUAAGUGGGAGACCUUGGAGCAGACCAACCACUCUCAGGAGGACUCCCAGGAGGAGGACACCUCCAACUUGGACCUUAGAGAUUCCAAUGAUGACAGAAGGGCCAAACUAAGGGAAAUAGAGUUGAAGGUAAUGCAGUACCAAGAUGAGCUAGAGUCAGGCAAGCGCAGUCUGAAGUACAACUUUACAAUUGCUCACCAAGUGGAACAUUACAGAAGAAAACUUCUGAGAAAGGCUGAAAAAGGAGGGAGAAAGGAGGAAAAGAAAGAAAAGGAAAAGGAGAAACGAGAAUCAAGAAAAAGUUCAUCUCCAGAUGAAAGCCGAGAGACAUUAGUAAUAACUACACGUAAGUCUAAAAGAGCAAGAAGUGAUUCUGAUAGUCCGACGCCCAUAAAGAAAUCACACAGGUCGCGUAGCAGGAGUCCAAGAAAGAGGAAAGCCUCGAAAUCACCUCACAGUAGAAAAUCAUCACCGUCUCGCUCCAAGCGCAGCUCACCAUCAAGUUCCAGGAAGCGACGGUCUCGCUCAUCCUCAACACCUCCAAGUUCCCGGUCCAAGUAUCGCUCCCCCUCUCCCCGCUCCCCUCCUCUACGCAAACAUUCUCCUCCUUCCAGGAAACACAAGCAUAAGCACAAGUCCUCUUACUAACAAUAAGAACUUCAUCUUCACCUCACCAUUUCUUGUAAUAUAGACCCUUCGGCCACUAUUGUACAUUUAUAUUUAAGUUUUUAUUCCUUUUUUCACAAAGUAUAUUUGUGUCAAUGAAAAUAAUAAGACGUUAUUAAUUAAACCUAGUCUGGUUUUUAAGAAUCAAA